AUGCGCCCAUCUAUAAACGAGUUCGAUUACCAUCGCAUUACCCUUCUUGCAGACGAUACCCCAGAGGGCAAAGGGCUUUUUCUGGGCCGCAUAAUUCCGCAGGAUAAAAUCAAGAUGAAGCAAAUCGUCAAGUGGAUGCAAUAUUGCAUCCGAUGGCACGGCGCGGGCUGCGAAGAGACACUGAGCUCGCUGUCUUCGGGUCGUAUCUCCAAGUUAAGAGUCAUUGAUACAUGGAGACUAUGCAUUGUCGACGAGUCCUCUGAAUGUAUAUACUUAACACUUAGCUACGUCUGGGGAUCUGCAACCGUCUUUAAGCUGACUUCUACAAAUCUGGACGAAUUGGCUACCCCUGGCGCUUUGAAGAAAGUCUGGCGGCAGCUUCCUCGCACGAUCCAGGACUCCAUAACACUCACCUCAACUCUUCAUGAGAGAUAUCUUUGGAUCGACAGCUUGUGCAUCAUUCAGGAUUCGGACGCCGACAAGGCCCAUUACAUCCCGUACAUGGAUUCUAUCUACGACCGAGCUUUCCUGACCAUUGCAGCGGCUACCGGAGACAGCGCUGAUGCUGGACUUCCAGGAGUUCGGAAGGGCUCCAGAGGUUGUUCACAAAUCAUUGAAGAGGUGCUUCCCAGCGUGCGACUUUCAAGCAUAAGACACCUGAGGGAUGCAUUAGAUGAAUCCGUGUACGAAUCGAGAGCAUGGACGUAA